CACGCGCAUGCGUAUAAAGCCACGUGGCCGUCAGUACCAGAAUUUUCCUUGGCUUUGUGAUCGUUUCUGCGCCCCAAGGAAGAGAUGGCAGCGGUAAAAAGGUUCAGACCUCUACUUGACCGCGUUCUUGUACAGAGACUCUCUCCAGAGACGAAAACUAAGAGUGGACUGGUUAUACCUGAGAAGGCACAGGAGAAAGUGAACGAAGCAAAGGUCGUUGCCGUGGGGGCGGGAGGCAGGAACAAGGGCGGAGAGGUGGUCCCAGUGUCUGUUACCAUCGGCGACACUGUUCUAGUACCAGAGUAUGGUGGAACCAAACUCAAGUUUGACGACGAGGACUAUGUUCUGCUGAGGGAUGGAGACAUUCUUGGGACUUUCAACAGCUGAAGCACAUCAUCCGAAUCACAUUAUUUGGCUGCUUAUAUCGUAUAUAGUUGAAGUUUUUUUGCCGUGC